UGAGGGAAGACGAGCGGCUGGCUCUCUGCUGUCACGGAGCGAGUCUCAGUCUGUAGGGUAGGGUCGGUUGGACUCAUGAGUGCGAUGCCGAACAAAACCAAGAAAGACAAGGAGUCGCCGAAGUCUGGCAAAGUCGGCAAAACUGCAGGACAGGAAAACUCGGAUCAUGAGGGAUCAAACAGGAAAGGAAGCAAUAGUGUGCCACCCACCACGCAGCUGCUGAAGGGGAAGCAGUCUGGAUCCCAAGCCCCUGUCAAAAAGGAAAAGAGACAAAGCUCCUCUCGCUUUAGCCUCAGCAAUAACAGGGAGCUCCAGAAACUGCCUGCAUUCAAAGAUGUGCCCCCCGCGGAGCAGGAGAAGCUGUUUGUGCAGAAGUUGCGCCAGUGCUGUGUGCUCUUUGACUUUGUAUCCGACCCGCUGAGUGACCUGAAAUGGAAGGAGGUGAAACGGGCAGCGCUGAGUGAGAUGGUGGAAUACAUUACGCACAACAGAAAUGUCAUCACUGAGCCAAUCUACCCAGAGGUGGUACACAUGUUUGCAAUCAACAUGUUUAGGACGUUACCGCCCUCGUCCAAUCCAACCGGAGCAGAGUUUGACCCAGAGGAAGAUGAGCCUACGUUAGAGGCUGCAUGGCCACACCUGCAGCUGGUCUACGAAUUUUUCCUGAGGUUUUUAGAAUCUCCAGACUUCCAACCAAACAUAGCCAAAAAAUACAUCGACCAGAGAUUUGUAAUGCAGCUGUUAGAACUUUUUGACAGUGAAGACCCUCGAGAAAGAGACUUCCUGAAGACCACUCUGCAUCGUAUUUAUGGGAAAUUUCUGGGCCUUAGAGCCUACAUCAGGAAGCAGAUUAAUAACAUAUUCUAUAGGUUCAUUUAUGAAACUGAACAUCAUAAUGGAAUUGCUGAGUUACUGGAAAUAUUAGGAAGCAUAAUCAAUGGAUUUGCCUUACCGUUAAAAGAAGAGCACAAGAUUUUCCUGUUGAAAGUUUUGCUGCCUUUGCAUAAAGUCAAGUCUCUCAGUGUGUACCACCCACAGCUGGCAUACUGUGUGGUACAGUUUUUGGAGAAGGACAGCACCCUCACUGAGCCGGUGGUAAUGGCUCUUCUGAAGUACUGGCCAAAGACCCAUAGUCCUAAGGAGGUGAUGUUCCUCAAUGAGCUGGAGGAGAUUCUGGAUGUGAUUGAACCCUCUGAGUUUGUCAAAGUAAUGGAGCCACUCUUCAGACAGUUAGCUAAAUGUGUCUCCAGUCCACACUUUCAGGUUGCAGAACGGGCUCUGUACUACUGGAACAAUGAGUACAUUAUGAGUCUGAUCAGCGACAAUGCAGCCAAGAUCUUACCCAUCAUGUUCCCCUCUCUUUACCGGAACUCCAAAACCCACUGGAACAAGACAAUCCAUGGGUUAAUAUACAAUGCGCUGAAGCUCUUCAUGGAGAUGAAUCAGAAGCUCUUUGAUGACUGCACACAACAGUUCAGAGCAGAGAAAAACAAAGAGAAGAUGAAAUGGAAAGAGCGUGAGGAAGCAUGGAUAAAGAUAGAGAACCUUGCUAAGUCAAACCCACAGUUCCUCAUGUAUAUUGACUCCUCCAGCUUGAGCAGCCCAAUGGAGAUAGAAACAGAUGGUACAAUGAUGGAUGAUGUCAUGAUGCUUAAAAAGACAGUAGAAGAGGAAGCUACUCCGAUUCAGAGGGACCAGAGGAAAGAGCGUCCCCUGAUGCGCCGCAAAUCGGAGCUGCCUCAGGACAUGUCUACAGUAAAGGCUCUAGAAACGCACCGGCGGGCGGACGAAAUGAUAACCACUCACGAUGGACACUAAAGGAUCAUAGAAGCCCAGACACAGCCCAGGCUCCUGUGGCCAGGCACAGCACGCCCAGUGCAAAGUGCCCCAGUAUAGCACUGAUGGCAGCGGCAGCAAGGACAGCCUUGGUGUGCCCUGAAAACAGCCAGCUCUGCUCCCAUGAACAGCCUCAGUGACCCUCUCUUGCCCAGACCCCUAUGCUGGUCAUCUGUCAUGUCUCUCUCUCUCUCUCUCUCUCUCUCUUUUAUAAAGACCUUCUCAGGUGUGCUUUUGCUUUUUUGUGUUUUUUUUUUCUUCUCCACAAUAUUCUUUUUUUUCCCCCCGUCCUCUCUUGACAUGUGCCUGCACUGGCGCUUUUUUUUUAAAUCCCUCCUCACCAGUAGUUGUCAUUAUUCAUGAUUAAAAUGUAGGUGCUAGGGUGGUAAACAUGAACAGGUUGUUUUUGACAAGGGAGCACUUGCAGUACAACUGCUGACCAUUGUGUUAAGUUGAGCGGAAGCCUCUGUUCGUUUGAUGACGGGAAGCACAGUUUUUGGGUGGAAGCGUGUGUACAUCUCUAAUAUUGUUUUUUCCUCAAUGCUAGGACACAGCUGCUAUUGCCUCCAGCUUCGACCCACGGACUGGUGGUGUGUGUCAUUUUAUGUGUGACAUUUGUUUUGAGUGUUAUCUUCUCCAGCAAUGGGGACUGUAAGCCAGCCAAGUGUCACUGGCAGUGGAACUUUUUUCUUUUCAGACAAGCUUGCCUGUUUUGGAGGUUUCUGUCCAUGAGGAAUCUCUAAAAGAGAGAAUUUCUGUGUAAGAAGUAGGUUUUGUGCCAAUUUAAUUUUUUUUUAUGUAAGUUUUAGAUUCUACACAUUACAGCUGGCAAUAUGUUCACCCAGAGUGAGUGUGGAUGUUCAAACAAUGGUAAAUAGUUUGAUGCUUCUCCUCCUCUGCUGUUGUAUGUUUUGCACUCUUAAGAUCUGUGUUACCCGAACAAUCUUGGACUGUAUAGAUUCUGAACUGCAAUACAUUUUGACCUCAAACCAUUUCUUAGCAUCACUGAGGCUUUAAAAAAAGUCAUGUUAAAGUUCCCAUCACAGUGUUUGAAGCUCAGUUUGUAUACUUUCAUGCUUUUUAGACUUGUGCUUUAUGCGUGUCCAGUUUUACCUGCGUCCAGAUAAACAAAAACAAAAGCCUUUACUUGCAUAGAGUGCCUUUUACAUGUUGGAGGACUUAUAUAAAAAAAAAAAGUCAGCGCAGAGGGUUGUAACUGUGCUUACCUAAUAGCCAAAAGUCUUCUUAAGCAAUUUACCAUUACAAGAGUGCACCAAGAGCUGCUGGAUCAAGUUGUAUAGCUGGUCUGUUAUAGUGGCUCAAAGGAUCAAACCAUGACCCUGGAUGCAGAAGUAACUCUACAAACAACAGAGAAAGCACAUCCUGAUGAAACUUGAGGGGGGACUGUUGAAAUAGGGGCACAGCAGGUCAAGCUUUUCCAGCAUGUUUCGUCUUUUGUUCUAACAGAGGUGUUUGUUCUCCUUUAGUUUCUUUUUCCUUUUGACUUUUCUUUCAUUUUUCUUUUGGUAGUCAUCAAUCUGAACCAUUGUUUGAACUUCCAUUCUCUGUUAAGUGACUGGAGCUGAGGUGGAGCUCCUUAUUGUCUGGGGGUCUUGUAUGUCUGUGUGAAGUGCUUGAAAUGCUUGAACGUUUUCAAAGUUUUGUUUUCUGUUCUGUUCUGUUUUGCCUGCAUUAGCUUGUUAAUGUUCAAUUUGAAUGUGCAGACUGUAAAUAGAGCUACCGUGAUUUACAUUUUCUUUUUUUUUAUUGUCUUAAAGAAUAACAAUCGCCAAUAAUUCAUGUGUUCCUCCAGGUAUUUUCAGCUGUUUUUAAAGGGUACUGCAUUUAAUUUGUUUCCAUACUUACACUAGUGCUUUACAAGAUGUAGUGUAUUUUAGCACUACUGAAGCCCGUUUCAUCCCUUCCUCUGCACACUGCAGCUUGUUUUGGUGACCGUUUUCCUGGAUUAAAUGGCUUAAAAUGAAAAAUCUCUGGAGGCUAUUUUUCUGUUAUUUUAAUUAAAUACACAUUUUGCAAAGUGUUCUUUUAAUAUGCGCCCCUACUAACUUGUUUCAUGUAUAGUUGUACAUAUGUACUUUUAUGUUCUAUCUAUCUAUUAUUAAAUGGUAGAUCUUUUGUACAAAUUCUCAUGUACAGAUAAAAGCUUAUUAGGAAACAGACAGUGGAUGAUGUGACAGACUUCUGUACAUGUUUGCAUUAGAAAUAUCUAGGUUUAGCUUUAGAUGCACUUUUUUAUGAAUUUGUAAUUUAGAACGUUUUAUUUCAGCAGUCUGUCAUGAGAUCUGUGGUACGUUAGUGUUUGUGUGCGCUUUUAACCAAUGCUGAGUGGGUGUACAUCUAUAUGUAUAGUAAAUAAAGAAAACUUGUGAGAUUUAUAUUUUCA